AAUGCACGUUCGAGGAGGGAUCGUGCAGCAACUGGGUAUCCACAGGCUGCGACAACGGUGCUUGUUUUGUGGUGAGAAAAGUUGCUGUGAUGAAGAACGGGCCCACAGCAGAUCGAACCAUGAGUUCAGAGGAUGGUUCGUGUGCCUAUUCAACAAAAGGGGUGGCAUCCCGUGGCACCCCGUACGCCUCGCUCUCACACAAUGCCACAGGGCCCUUGUGCUUCACCGCGUGGUACCACCAGUCUGGUACUGAGCACGAAAGCGCCCACUUCUCCGUGAUGCAUCCGGACGACGACUCACCGCAAGCCUUCUACGUAACGCAGCGGGAAAUGGCCGGAAGCUGGCAGCGCGUGAGGUACUCCGAGAGGCGCGAAGGGGCCGUCAUGAUACAAAUCGCCCACAGAGUGAAGGACCGUCCCGAGAAGGCCACGUUUGCGGUUGACGACUUGACGGUGGAAAGCGGGCCGUGUCCUCCAGAACCCAGGAGUGGUUCCUGUGAUUUCGACUGGGGCGACGCGUGCGGCUACGACUUCGGAAGCGGGAACAAUACCUGGAAACUGGAGGACACCAGCCGAGAGAGCUUCAAGUCAAUAGACUACUCGACCAACACAAUUCUCGGUGGUGUGGUUUACCUCGGUACACUGGGAAACUUCACGACAGCGUCUUUGACAUCACCGUCGCUGAAAGGCCGCAAGGAUAUGCAAUGUCUGCAGUUUCACUACUACGUUCCGUGGAGCCUGAGCAACCCAGAGAAAUCGUAUUCUCUAGCUGCUGCUGCAAGAGGAAGCUCCGAAACCCCUGAAGUACUCUGGUCCCGCACUUCCAAGCGUUUGAUAAGAGGAGAGUGGACCAGAGUGGACGUGGCUUUCAAGCAGGAAAGUGACUUUAAGAUUCAAUUAAGCUGCGCUCUCGCACCAGAAGAGUUCAUCCCCAAGCCAUAUUGUGCCUUUGACGCCAUCCGCCUGUUCAAGUGCACGGGAAGGCGAAAUAUCUUCGACCACCACUGCAACUUCGAGGAUGGGUGGUGUUCCUGGCAGAACCGGUACCUACCGGAUCCCAACGUGGUCUCCUGGCUCAUGGGUGGAGAACACCUAAAAACUACACUGCCGAGGCCUCCUCAAGACCAUACUUUUGGAAAUGGCACAGGGUCCUACCUGUUCGUGUCUAAUUUUGAGAGAAAGAAAGGUGACCAGGCCGAACUGAUAGGCGAAAUCCUCUCCAUGGACAGCCGAGUAACACCAUGCAUCGAGUUCUGGUUUAUAAUCAAUGGAGAUGAGAGUGCAGAUUUGAAGGUGCUUGCCAUCGAUCCAGAGCACGAGUCACGGGACAAUUCUCCGCUUUGGUCGCAGAAAGGCGGAGGCCCUGUCACGUGGCAACAGGGCCGUGUCGCAGCACUUCACAGCAGGCGGCCCCUCUUUCUCGCAACUAUGGGACUGGCAUCGAUACCGGCAUACAUCGCUCUGGAUGACAUCACCGUGAAAGAAUCUGACAAGUGCGAUACAUUACCAACAUCAGGUGCAGCUUUAUCCGCAAUGGAGCUGCUCAGCUGCACAUUCGAGAGGUCGAACCUCUGUCGCUGGUCUUCUCAAGGGACUGCAUCAAGGACGUGGACGUUUGGCCCACCUCUAUUUGCCACGCUGGAUCCACCUGCACUUCCAGACGGCGUAAAAGGCGGCCUCAUCCACGCAAGCGGAUCAACUCUGGAGCCCAACCAAGGCCUGCUGAGACUGUUCUCGCCCAUUGUCGGAGUGCAGACGGAACCAGCCUGCGUCUCGGUCUGGUACCACAUGUUUGGCGCCCGAGGCACGAAUCUGCGGUUAAGCCUAAUAAACUCGGGGCCCACCUCCGGUUUUGUGCGGCGCACUUCGGUACUGGUGAAUCAUCGAGGCCGCACUACGACUGACAAGUGGUACAACGUCCGACGAACAAUGAUCCUCGAAACUCCGCAUAACCAGCUGACUUUUGAAACAGCGGUCUUCAAAACACUAAAAAAAGCAGCGAUUGUUGCUUUGGGGCCAAUACAAGUAACAACAGGCGCAUGCGAUGUUCUUACAGACGCAAAAGGCUACUGCGACUUCGAGUUCGACGAAUGUGGAUGGCAAUCUACCAGUGGUUGGCGACGACAGGCGAAGCAGUACUGGUUUGAAGAACCUACCCUGGAUAUGCGCUCCGGUCCUGUGAACUCUGUGUACGUCAUGACGGUCACGCAAGCUUCUUCACCACCCAACGGUGCCACGGUGACCAGUCCUAACUGGCCCGGACAGAAUGAGCCGCAGUGCUUGGAGUUCUGGUACCUGGAGGAAAAGGGAGGCGACGCCGGUCUGCAAGUGGAGCUAGUGGUGAAUGGCGCACGCAGCGUUGUUUGGAGGAAGCCCGCGCACAUGGAACGUCAGUGGAUGCUGGCGCGAGCUGACAUCGUGCAAAACAAGACAUUCCAAGUGGCAUUUAGAGCAAACUUCUCGGGCAGCCUGGCUCAGUCAUUGAGCAUCGAUGACGUUAUUCUGCGACCGGACGCUUGCGACCACCCCGCCGAAUGCGACUUCACCGAUGGUCUGUGCGGCUACGUGAACAAAUUCGAUGGCUGUUUCCGAUGGCUCGUCGGAUCUGGUCGUCUGGAAAAUCCCCAUCUCUACCGUGGUGCUCCUCUGCCUCAAGGCAGGUCAUCCACGUUCGCCUACCUCGACCUCACCACUGACAGAGCAGAAGAUGAAUCGGAAGAAGUGCCCAAGCAGAUCAAGCCCAUAUCCUUACAAAGUCCGAUUUUCGAUGUGGCUGACGGAGGCAUUGACGUGGCGAUUGAGUACUUCAGAAAAGGUUUUGAUAUAUCCACUGCGAACCUAUCCGUGUCCUGCUACAAUGAUGGAGCAUCGCCGAAGCGUGAAGUAGCGCACCAACUCGAACUGGAUGAAGUCUCGGUGUGGACGACGGUGAACUUUACACUCGAGCAAGGCAAGCAGUGCCAGCUCGUGAUUCAAGUCGUUAGAGGAGCUUGGACAAACGGAACAAUGGCCAUUGGAAGAAUGAAGGUUACGAAAUCGCAAACAGGCGUUCAUCCAAAGCCAGCCUCCAAUUCAGCAAUGUACUGCACAUUCGAGGACGGGUCUACAUGUGGAUGGGACCCAAAUGGCGCGUCGGUGCCUUGGGUGCUCAACAAUCCCGCAAAACACAUCCCUGACUACCCUCGCUUCGACCACACUUUGAGGGCCUACAGAGGGCAUUUCGUUUUUGCUUCUAUCGGCAAAAACAAGUCGUUUGGAAAAGCGGAGCUUAGGAGUCCGGAUUUGGAAAUCAACGCUACUGACGGAGCCUGUCUCAGCUUCUGGCAUUUCACCGACCACGACAAGCGAGCCCAUAUAACGGUGCUAGCCGAUGGACGCUUCUUGUUCGGGACUGGCACCAGGACAAACCAACGAUGGAAUCACGUUCUUGUAGCCUUCAAGGCGCCAGCUCAGAAGUUUAAGCUGCAGAUUCAGGUGCAUCUGGAGAGUGGUCUCAUUGGCCUGGAUGACAUACAGAUCACUGAGGGAACCUGUCCUCUUAGAGACUUCUGCCCCUUUGAGCCAGCAUACUCGUGUCCUAUGCACCAAGGAGCCGGCAGUUUUACCCCAUGGAUACCGAUCAUCGCACAGAAAAUAGGAAUUCCAGACAACACUCUCAAGAACCUCAAAGGCUACUACCUUUACCUGAACACAACGGCAGUGCGCUCGCACCAUCCGGUGUCCAGAGUUUUCAUGGCCACGCGGCCGCCUACCGAAGCAACGUGCGUCACCUUCUGGUGGAAAGGACGUGGCGUACCAAGCCAGUUAAACGUGUACAGGUUCACAAAGGAGACUGCAAUGCGAGAUCCACUACUCUCGCUGAGCACGAACGAUGAAGAAGACUGGUGGAAGGUUCGCACACUUACCAUCAAGUCCAAAAGGAAAUGGAACCUCGUGUUUGAAGUGAUCGCAGCUGAAGACGAGAGGCGUGAAUCCGGAGUCAUGAUUGACGACGUCGAGUUUGCAGAUGGUGAAUGUCCGAAAUACGAAUUCUGCACAUUUGAAGAAGAAUGUUUGCCCUGGCUUGUCUUAAAUGGAGACGAUGACGCAAGUUUUGAGCCGCAGUGGGCUGGAUCCUUUCCUCAGCUUCCCCGUGACCAUACGACACAGACGGAAGAUGGUUACUACCUUCUCUACAAAAGUCUCGGCGUCACAGGGAAUCACUCCACUUUAGUGUUGCGGGACACGACACGCUACCGGUGUGCAUCCCUAUGGUACUACCUCCCUGCCAUGGCCAACGGCGUCCAACUGCUGCUCAAAGAUAAUCCAGUAGAAAAAACAAAGGGAGUCUGGAAACGGCAACAGUUUUCGUAUCCAUCGGGUUGGAUGAACGCCAUCAGAGCUGUAUCUGGUAGUAACCCAAGCGGUUUUGUGGCCGUAGAUGAUGUGUUCGUGAACGAGCUCCAUUGCGACGAACUGGGACGCUCUACGCAGAUGUUCGACUGUGGCAACAAACAAACAGUGCUCGUGGAGCGUGUGUGUGACUUCGUGGUCGACUGCCGCAAUGGUGCCGACGAGCGAAAUUGCGGCCAGUGCGACUUCUCUGAAGGCACGUGUGGAUGGAAUCUCAACUGGUAUCGCAACGGUGACACGAUGGCAUGGCGCCGAGAGCGCAUCGGAUAUGUAUCCGGUUCUCCGCGCAUAGAAGACCACAGCAGGCACACUGGGCAUUACCUGAUGCUAUACUCUAACCUCACCAAAUCUCAACUAACUGGACAAGCCGCCAUUAUUUCUCCAAUGAUCAGGAACACAGACAAGCUUUGCACCAUGCGUUUUUGGUUCAACUACGUAAUUAACGGAAGCAGCACUGAUGUUGAGUUGAUCAUGGAACUGGAUCCGUACGACCUAUCCAUUUGGACGCUCAGUGCAUUGAACAGUGCUCCAGAACAGGGAGUAUGGAAUGAAGCUAUCAUCGCUAUAGGCCGCUACAAAAGAGAUAUCCGAUUCCAGUUCUCAAGCACACAAUGGCCGCAAGGACGAGCUUUGUUCGCCGUCGAAUCGAUUGAAUACAGCGGAUGCGCAUUACCAGCUAGGCAUAAUAACUGCACCAAGAUGGAUUUCAGCUGCGCCAACGGGGCCUGUGUAAGCAGGCAUGAGCGCUGCAACUACGUGGACGACUGUGGCGACAACAGUGACGAACAAGGCUGCUGGGAUCACCGGCUUGGAUGCAACUUCGAUACAUCAUUUUGUGACUGGGUUCCUGGUGUGCCCUGGGACGAGGAUCAAGAUACAUGGGCUUUGAAGCCCCCAGGAACGUCUCUUCUCACUUCGCCGACGCGAGACCAUACAACGGGAUCCCCCGACGGAAAUUUUGUCAUUCUGCGCACUCACGCGAAGACAACAAACGCCACCCUCUACGGCCCGGCACUCGACAAUACUGAGAAUUGUUCGAUCACCUUCUUUUACACGGUACAAGGAAAAAGUGAACCCCAGCUUAAGCUCAAUGUCCGCUCUGCCAAGGAUGGACCGUGGAAGACAGUAUGGAAGCAGAGUGAGCCAACGCAGUUCUGGCACUUUGUUGCCGCUACAGUAGAUUUCACGGAGACCGAUCCGUACCAGGUUGCUUUCACUGGAGAACACAGGGCAUCAGGCCAAGAGGGCUACAUUGCUCUCGAUGAUGUGACCUUUUCAGAGACGUGCAAGACCUACGACAAAGAGUUACCACCAGCCCCUGCGUCAACGUUACCACAAUUCGCAUGUGGCGCGGACAUGUUUCGAUGCGGCGAUAACGAAGAGUGCAUUCCACUGGCUCAGGUGUGUGACUUCAAAGAACACUGCUCAAAUGGCAUGGACGAAGCGCGUUGCGGUGCCUGCGACUUCUCUCAGGACCUUUGUGGCCUGGAGAACGAAGACCCGAAUGGGCGCUUUGGUUGGAACUGGACAAUGGCACAAAUUGGCAAAGAUAACAAAAUUUUUCCCUCGACAGACAGCCGUCUUGACGAGGGAGGCGCGUACGCUGCCUAUUGCCUCCUCAAUCCAGAUGUGCCUUUGGGAGCCCCCAGAGCGAUGGUCACGCCUCGAUUGGGUCAGGUCGCCCACUCUUGCACCGUCAGCUUUUACGUCUACGUUCCCGACGCAUCCUCAUCUGUUCUCAUUUUUGGAGUUCUGCCUAAAUCGGCAACGAGCACUGCGUCUUCAACAGCGCAUCCGCUUUCAAUGUUGUCUGGACGAGUGCAAACCGGCAGAUGGACCAAGGCGUCUAUUAAGACGGGGAACUGGGAUGCUGGAGCCAGGUUCUUUUAUGUAGCCGGCGCACCUGGAAUGAGUAUCGAUCAGACCAAGUACCUCAACUGUCAUCCAGGCACCCAGAGUGAAGGAUGGGAGGCCUCCCUUCAUGUGAGCUGCGACUUCUCUGCGCCCUUCGACUGCGGCUGGUUUCCAGAACGCUCAGCCGCCACCCUAAGAUGGGUGCUUUACACCGGGGGCGCAGGAACAGCGAGAUUCAGGUGGCAGCCCACGGACAGCGGGGCGCGUAACGGUGCCUACAUGUACGCCAGAAACACGUUCUUCAACGAGAAAAUUGCUCACCUGGUCUCUGUCCGGAUGAGUCCUACACCCGAAAAUGGACGCUGUUUCACGUUCUGGUACAACAUGUGGCACCCAAACCUCGGACAGCUUAACCUUCUACAGCGCGUGGACAAUGUGACCAGCAUCUUGUGGACGCGUUCUGGACCUCAGGGCAAGGCUUGGCAGCAGGCGCAGAUGCCAGUGUUAUCCGACGACCCGUUCCAGCUUGUAUUUGAGGCCAUUUUGAAACCUCAGAACCCUGGUAUGAUUGCCAUCGACAACUUCGAGCUCAAGAAUGGCUCAUGUGACUCAAAGAAUGUGUGCACGUUUGAAACUGGAUCAUGUGGCUGGAAGCUUCACAACUGGGAAGUAACAAAAGGCAGCAGUGUCAUGCUACCCCAGGCAGACCACGGAAGACAGUCAGCUGCAGGCGGAUUUGCCCUGGUGAAGCCUCCCAGUGGCCGCAUGGUGAGCCCUCCAGGCUCGUACGACAUCACGAAGAACAGGUGUCUCCGCUUCUGGUUCUUCAUCGCUGGCUCGACAGAGACACUAAAUGUCACACAAGUUGUCGACGAUGAGCAAAAAGAUGCGCUCUGGUUUGGAACCAGGGUGGAUGCGCCAGCUGAGCGAUGGUAUUCGGCUGCUGUUUCUUUCACCAGUUAUCAAGGAUCUGUUUCAACGGUGUUCGAUGGGACGACUUCCGGUGACGCGGGCACUGCCGUAGCUGUGGACGACAUCAGCCAAGGGGAGGAGCCAUGUCCGCCUCCUGGUAGUUGCUCUUUCGAGGAGGACAUGUGCAACUGGCAUAACGCCGGGGAUCUGGACCACAUGCAGUGGUACCGACACAGUGGUCGUACAGUGUCUGGCUCAAGCGACCUCGAGAACGACCACACGUUGGGUAGCAGAGAGGGUCAUUACCUUCUCCUUGACUCCGAAGACAUAUCUGAAAAGGGUUUUGGCAGUCUUCAAAGCCAAACCCUCAACUUUGGCCCUGCUGUCUGCUUCAAGCUAUACUAUUACAUGAAGAAAGGAUCGUAUGCAUCUCUGAAGAUAAAGUUCUUGGAUUCAUCGGGAGCCCAAUCUGGUGAACAGAAGACGGUGCUUGCAACAGCUCCAACAGGGUGGACGUUGCUUUCUGUGGAAUGGCACGACCUUCCUAAACACUUCUCGAUUGUCAUUACUGGCAGCACCGGAAGUUCUUCGGGUGAUUUGGGCAUCGAUGAUAUUGACGUCCAUCCGGGAAAAUGCGACUCGUCCAAGGUUAUCACUGUUUCCCCGCAGCCUGGAGUUUCUACAACCCAUGCCUCUACUCACCCAUACAACACGGAAAGUAUGGCGUCUUUAGUGACAGGACUGCCUGUUCCCACGAGUGAAAUAACAGCGGCGCCUAUUACAAGUACAUCAGGUUCUGUUUCGUCACCGGUGCCGUUGCCUCGGUGCGCACGGGGUCAAUUCAACUGCCGAGACGGCGCCACCUGCAUACCGAGCAUGUUGGUGUGUGACGGCGUUCGUGACUGUCCCAACGGAAUUGAUGAAAAGUGCGCAAACGCCAAUGUGUGCACAAAUGAUGAGUUUUUGUGUGCGAGCCGCACUCCAAGCUCUUGUCUUCCACGUUAUGUUCUCUGCGAUGGCAAGGAAGACUGCUUCGGAGGCGCAGACGAGUACCUGUGUCGUGAAUGCCCGCACUUCCUGUGCCUCAACGGGGGUCUCUGUUGGUGGAGCGUUCGGAAGCCAUACCCCUCGUGCCAUUGUCCUGAGGACUACGAGGGCCGUCGAUGCCAGAUCAACAAAAAGCACGAGCUAGAGGAUAAGCCGCAGGCGCUCCAAGAUGUUGGCUCAAGUGGCCCUAUCGUGACUGGUAUUCUUGUCGUGCUGGCCUUCGUACUAAUAGGAGCAGUGGUCAUGGUUGCAGUUUUGAGGAGACGACGUGCAGCAAGAUUGAACACUCCUCUGUACAUCAGUAAUCCAUCCUUCAACGCGCAAGCUCAAGACACACAAACAGCCACAUCAGGGUAAUCGCCGCAUCAUAGAAGCCGGAAAAACAGCAACGUGGGUGACAUUGAAGGAAAAAAAAAUAAAGUCAUUAAGUUUCAUC